CGCCCCUGGUCCGCCCCGUCCGAGGCGGGAGCAGGCUGAAAACCUCCGGCCGGGCCUGGCCCCUGCGCUUCACUCGCGCUGCAGACCCCGCCUUGAGUGCGCAACUCUCCGGCCCGCGUGAACGCUUCCCCCAGACACCACCACCUUUUGGAAUGGCCAACAGGGGACCUGCCUACGGCCUGAGCCGGGAGGUGCAGCAGAAGAUUGAGAAACAAUAUGAUGCGGACCUGGAGCAGAUCCUGAUCCAAUGGAUCACCACCCAGUGCCGCAAGGAUGUGGGCCGGCCCCAGCCUGGGCGCGAGAACUUCCAGAACUGGCUCAAGGAUGGCACGGUGCUGUGUGAGCUCAUUAAUGGGCUGUACCCCGAGGGGCAGGCCCCAGUGAAGAAGAUCCAGGCCUCCAGCAUGGCCUUCAAGCAGAUGGAACAGAUCUCCCAGUUCCUGCAAGCAGCUGAGCGCUACGGCAUCAACACCACUGACAUCUUUCAGACUGUGGACCUCUGGGAAGGAAAGAACAUGGCCUGUGUGCAGCGGACACUGAUGAACCUGGGUGGGCUGGCGGUAGCCCAGAACAAUGCGCUCUUCUCUGGAGAUCCCAACUGGUUUCCCAAGAAAUCCAAGGAGAACCCUCGGAACUUCUCAGACAACCAGCUGCAGGAGGGCAAGAAUGUGAUUGGGUUACAGAUGGGGACCAACCGUGGGGCAUCUCAGGCAGGCAUGACCGGCUACGGGAUGCCACGCCAGAUCCUCUGAUCCUACCCACAGCCCUGCCCCUGCCUGCCAUGAAUGGUUAAUAUAUAUAUAUAUAUAUAUAUAUAUAUAUAUAUAUAUAUUUUAGCAGUGACAUUCCCUGAGAGCCCGUGGAGCUCUUAUGCUGCCCUCUGCCAGGGUGGGGGCCUGGCCUGUUUCCUCUGGGGGUGCCUGACAGUGGCCUCCCCACUGUGCUUACUAAUACAUUCCCUUCUCCAAAUCCACCAAAACUGGACCAACAGGCCUCUUUUCCCUAGGACCAAAAUUAGGGGGGCAUCGCCCCCUCUCCCCACCAUACCUCUUCUCUUUCUCUCUGGUCUCUCUUCCCCUGAGCCCUGUGCCCUAAUCCAUUCCUUGGCUGGGAGUCAGGGAUGCUGCCUACUGGCCUUCUCCCCACAAGUACGCCUCGCCCACAGCUGUGGCUGCGGGGACUUAAUUUAUAGGGAGGGGUCUGUGGCGGAUGCCCCCCCAGCCCCAGCUGGACUGCUCUCACCACACUUCUGAGGCAGCCUGCCCUGGCAGAGGCCUUCAGGCUUCUCAUUUUCCAUUCCCCUCUCUGUGGCUAAGGGGUGGGGGUGAGGGGACCGGGGA